AUGACUUCCAAGUGUAUCAGAUGUGAGAGGCUUGGUCAUAUUUGCCUGAAUGUGCGUCCGCUACGACAGGCGGGUCGAAAGUCCCAACAUCCAGAGCGCGGGGCCUCUCAAACAAUAUCCAGCGAGUUAAGCACGAGCAAUCUAUCGCAACACGACGUCGGUGACUGGCUGCGGGACGUCCCUGAUCUUCGCCCGGAAGAGAGGGAACUGAUGUCUUAUCUCCUAUACCAACCCGAAACCCUGCGCUUCUCCGUGGUCAGCCCUAGCUUUGAGGACGCCCAACGGCGCUCGUUGGAAGCUCCGCUGCCGGCCGCUUGGCCUGUACUCAAAGAUGCUUAUCUCGCCUAUGCAGGUGGGCUGCGAGCGUCUCAUGCCGACAUCACGCCUGGUGUGAACGUGGACGCUAACCUCCGCCGUGCGUCGUCCGCCAUGAGAACAUUGCGUAUGCUGCCAGUAGCAAGUCCCGAGGAUGCCGCGUUGUGUUUGACCCUGGGAACUGCAUUGGCAAUGUAUAUCUACACCGCCGUGGGCGUGGGUGUACCCGACAUCUGCCACUACUGUCUCAGCACUGUUAAGCCCUACAUUGAGCCGAUGGCAUCGACCCCUGAAACAGAUUCUCAGCUCGUCUUUCUCGUAUUGCUCGAGGUGAUGGACUGCGCGGUCCACCGCCGGAAGCCGACACUCAAGAUCCAGUCACCAUCACCCACCGGCGUGGAUCGCCACUUGGGACUCUGCCUCCCUCUCCUGCCAUACUACUACGAUCUCUGUGCCAUCAGCCACUCGCUGGUCAGCCCCGGCAAUGACGAUAUCAUAGCCACAUUCCACCAGCAUCUCGCCGGUAUUCAAGCCGCCGUGAAUGCAUGGCAGCCAUCCCCUCCAAAGAAUUUCAUCAACAAGUUCUCGCCCGUCGAAGUGGUGCACCUCCUAGCACAAGCGAGGGUGUAUCGAUUGGCGGCUCUGCUUCUCGCCCAUCGGCUCCAACACUCCUUUGGCCAGCAGGACGAUCAGGCAGACAUCUGGUCGCGUGAGGUGCUGAUGGAGCUCGAGCUGGCUCGACGGACGACGCGACGGUCGCUCCGGUUUGUCACGCUGCCUUUCAUCACUGCGGCUAUCGAGAUUCGAGAUCCGGUGGCACGGACCAAAGCGGUGCAGGAUGUGGACGAGUACGUUGAUCAAUUUAUGCCAGUCGUGCAAGAAGCCACCAAGACCUUUUUAUCGCGGAUCUGGCGCGAGCGGGAUGCUCAGGAGAUAUCUUCCUGGUUUGACUCGCUUCACAAGCCAUGUGUGAUACUCGACUCUCUGAAAGGAUCGAGCCACGUGUGA